AUGGCGGCGACGACGACGAUUCAGACGACGAGCGCGCGGCCGCACCGAGUCCUUCUUCGUUUCCUUUUGUGUGCACUAAUACUCGUUGCAAUUGUUCCGCGAGCGUUUCCUUUCGCUCUCGCGACGACGACGGAUACAGACGGUGUCGUUGAGUUUGGAAAAAGUGCAGCAGUCGAUGGCGACAGUAAAAUCGCCGAGCUCGGCGGUAACGCUACUUCGCCAGACAACCUUGCCGAACUUGGGUACGAACUUGCUGAGCUUGGGAGUAGUGGCUUGUAUGAGUGGAGAUAUGACAACUUCAAUAGCUACUGUUCUACUUUAAUAUCGGGGAACAGAUGGAAAACGGCGCACGUGCGUGGGGGGGGCGUGUGCAACUCUUGCGGGAAUGUCGGAGGUGUGCUUGGCGGGUACAACAGAUUUUGCAAGGAUGCGCGCGCCGAAAGAGAGUAUACGAACCUGCCGCCCCAUCAAAAGGUUAAAGUUGAGUUUAAAGUUGUUUCUAUUGACGGACAAGAGUGGUCGAAUAAAAAAUUUAAACUCCAAUACGAUUCAACCUCGUAUUGGUUUGGUAAUGUUGAUAUAAACCAAGGCGGAAGGGUUCACGUAUGCGGCGGAGGCUCGAAUAAUAAGAAUGACAGAGACGGGGUACACACUUACAGUCGCGAAUUCUCGCAUUCCAGCGAUUCGCUUAAGUUAUUGAUUUCUACAUCUUUGAGCACGCCUCACUGCGGUCGAUCAUCUUGGGGGCUCUCAUAUGUCAAGAUAUAUCUUAAUAAUAUGCCACCGCCGCCGAGUCCGCCGCCGCCGAGUCCGCCGCCGCCGAGUCCGCCGCCGCCGAGCCCGCCGCCGCCCGGGCGAAGAGACGAACCCACCGUUGAAAUUCUCAGCGCGCAAAAAGUCGUCUCAAAUCGAGAGUUUGAUUUUGGAAUCUCGGUUUCUCAUCCGACGUGUGAGAAUUCAAAGUCGUGUUUCGAGAGCGAAGAUGAUAUUAAAUCGAAUCAGAAAAAAGGUCUCCGAUGCGAUGUUCGAGUGCAAGCCAAAGAACAAACCUCGUGUUCAAAAUACGGCGAAUACUUACCGUGCAUGCAAUGGAACAGCUUUUACGAUUCAAAGAAAACUGCUCAAACCAGAAAGACUUUGCGCGUCACGAAGAAAGACGGUCAAAUCCAGUCUGGCGAUAUCGAAAUUCGGUAUCGGUGCUAUUUUUUGAAUAAAGGAAGCUCGACGAGCAAAGCGACGGGAACGGAUACGGGCGAAAAAAUUUUGCACACGUUUAAAGUCGCGGAGGGAUGCAGCGAAUGGCUCGCGUCUUCGCGCAUUCACAUCGGCGAUUUGUUCUUACAAUCCUCCCCGGAGUUUUUGAACGCCGAUUGCGACAAAAUCCAUCUGGUCAAGGAGUCACUGUUUCGAAAGUUCGACGUGAAUCCUUUGGACGGCGUUCUUUCUCUGGACGAAGUUCGCGCCGCGUUCUCAGCGCACGACGUGGACACGGGAUAUUUGGAGCACGUGGCGAAAACCACCACGGAUUUCUCCGACCAAGGCGGAAUCCUUUUAUCGAAAAUUAUUCAAUCCGCGCAGCUUCCGACUCGAUGUUUUUCAAUCGACUCCGAAGCAAACGCGGCCAAAUCAUCGCCGAUUUACAUUCGUAGCGCAACCUACCCAACUUCGAGAGCCGGAGAAGAGACGACCGCGGCGCAAUGUGAAGCCCAAAAAGGAUUGGUUUCAGUUUCCUGGGACUAUUCCAAGGUACCGGGCGAUUCUGACUAUCAGUGCGCGUACGCGGACGGAAGAUUAUACGAAAAGUUCAACGGCGCCGCCGUUCGAACUUUAACGGAUAUUCGGCCAGCCGUCGGAACGGGAGAUUCUAAAGUGACUCUGGUCGCACAGUUGACCUUUGACGACAACGAUUUACCGUUUAUGAGUACUCAAGGUAACAACGGGUACGACGGGAACAAAUGGAAAGACGGAUUCACGAUUGAAGCGUGCGGCGACGGCAUCAAGUGCGCGAAACGGAAGAAAAAGGGAAAACCAUUAUUUAUGUAUGGUACAAGGCGCGCUCUUUCAUCGAGCGGGAUCAUGAUGUGGUUUUUAUUGGACUCGAGCACAGAACAGUCGUCAGACGGAAGUUUAUUCAGGAGAGACACGAAUGAUGGAACUUACGUCAACAGAGUGAUUCUUUCUUAUGAUUCGGGUGAAAAUGAAGUGAUCGGAGGGUAUCAGCAGCUGUUUGACAACAAGUAUACGGAUAACUCAAAGACCAUAAAAUCAGGUAAGAAUUCUAUCGCAUCCGGGACGUGGCACCACGUCGCAAUGACAAUUAACGGUGUUUAUGGUUUGAGCGUAUUCGUCGACGGUGACGAAAAAGCUUCGAUGAAAGAUUUUGAUCAUAACAUGGUUGACUUUCCGCACUUUCAAGAGAAACCAAAAGUGUUUUAUGCAAAGUUGGUAAUGUAUGACGACUUUCGAAUUUAUCAAGGCGUCGUCAGUCCUGCCAUGCUAAAGGCAAUCGCGCAAUGCGGUCGCACCAAAGGUUGCGCAGAGCUCGGAUACGCGAAUCCGCAAAGUCGUAGAACGUAUUGCAUUGUUGCUCACUAUGCCGACGACGACGACGCAUCAGAAAUAUCAGCCGUUCCGCCGUGCGCGACGGCUUUGUUCUUCACCGGUGCAGCGAUAGAUCUCGCUCUGACGCCAUCAAACAAAGGAAUGUUGUUUUCGUUCAGAGAUACCGCUUUGGACGAGAUUGGUUUCGAAGUUCUUCGUCGUUCAGUCUCCGAAGGGAGCGCAACCGGAAUUUAUGAUUCCGUCGUUCUCAUUGACUCAUCUUUGAGUGGAUGCGCUUCAAAAUUCAAUUCGAUCACAUUCUUCGACUACGAAGCGAUAGAGACACCGGGGGCCGUCUGGGAGUACGCGAUUCGAACGAAGUAUCCUAAAACACAGACUCUCGAUGAAAUUUCCGAUCCCGUCACCAUAACGUCGCCUUGGAGAAGCACGUUAGAGGGCUCGAUUUACGUCGCUGGAAAUGAAAUGGUUCCGGUGCGCAACGUUCGCGUGUGCGCUACGAUUACUUCUCCUAGUAGCGCGUCGGCGCAAACUUCGCAUCGCUCCUCGAGUAACCUCGCGUCUCACAUGAUGGUUAUACAUUCGAAUCCUGAUAAAGUUGUAUCCGGCUUUCAAAUAACGGAUGGAUUUUCAGACUCGUUUUCUACUUUGACGUCGGGGGAGAGUUUUAAAAUCGAUUUGAUGAGUUUUUACGCCGUUUCCACCGUCACGGUGGAAUUCGCGAAGGAAACCAGCGUCGACGCGGUGAACGCGGCAAAUCUCGAUGUUCGAAUUCUCGACUACGACGAUCCGAAAGACAACAAAAACGUGGGCACGAAAGGUUCGUCAUGCAAACCGGUGAAGUCUUCGGGCGAAGCAGAGGAGGAGUCCAAACAAAAAAAAUACGCGUGCGUCGGCACGACCGUUACCUCUUUUAACGGCCAAUUCGUAACAAUCCUUCAAAAGAACAAUGAUUUGAUCAAAGUCGCCGAAAUUAUCGUCGAAGGACGAAUCAUGGACUGUCCGUAUUCGUCGUUUACGGACGAGGAUGGACAUUACGAGAUUGAAAUUAUGGACGCGAGCGGCUUGACGCCAAAAAAGACGCGCGUCAGCGUAAAGGCGUACCAAACAGACGUGUACGACGCUAUUUAUCACAAAGAUUUUUUUCAUUCGCACGACACUUCUAAGAAUCAGGAAAUAAGGGUACCGGAAACCGCCAUUAUCGCUCUGGAAGUAUACGACGGCGCACUGAUUGCUCCGUAUUACGGAGACUACGACAAAGGAAACGGCGCGUUUAGCACAAUUAAACCUUGUAAAUGUAAAGACGGCUCGGAACUUCGUGAAGUAGUAAUCGACGACGCAGAAAACGACGUUUACAUAUGCGCCAAGUUAUGCACAGAAUGUGGAAAUUGCGCCGGGUUCGACAGAAAUGUGAAGACGAAGAGGUGCAGAUUCACGAAUGGAAAAAUUGGUGGGAACGGCGCUCAUGUUAAAUGGUCGGGUUUUCAGUUUUGGCGUAAAUUGAGCAAAGUCAAAGCAACUGCAAUCACGGAUGAGAACAUCCAUUUGCACGUGCGCGAAUGUCUCGCAGAAGCGCCGAAAGAUGGAAUGUGCUACAGGUACGGAUUCAGCAGUAACACUGGUCCAAUGCCGAGUUGGGACGUGAAACGCGUCACGACUAUGAACGGCUUAUUCAAAGGCAACGCGGAAAUCAACGCUGACUUGUCCGAUUGGGAUGUUUCUCAAGUUACGGAUAUUAGAGAGAUGUUUCGCGAUGCCGUGAACUUCAAUCAACACUUGAAAGAUUGGAAAUUAUCUUCUUCGGUAACUUCCGAGGACGCUUUUGCAGGUGCGAUAUCCUUUCAAGCGAAAUUCACGAAUUGCACGAGCGCCACAAAUGGUCCACCAUCGUCGUGUGAGCUGAAACGAAGAAUGAACAGAUUAGAGUUCGCCGAGUACGUGAGCACGCAAAGAAGCGCGUUUAUGAAUACGAAAGUUAUCGUUACGGAUGAAGUUUGGGCAACUUUCGAUACGAACGGCGACGGCGACUUGGACGAUGCCGAAUACGCUCGUGCGAACCGUUUGAUGCGAUAUGGAUACGUUUCAGGAACGCCAUGGCUCGUGUACUCAUCGAAGGAAAUGAAAAACAUUCGUUCUUUCGACGUUAUUCGACCGAAAGUAUCUGGAAAUGAGCCGAUCAAAAUUUCCGCGGAUGGCGCUGCUGAAACAAAAUCAUUUCUCCCUUGCGACGCGGAAGUCGAUAAAGACGGAUAUUAUUUAAUUUUCAAGCACGACAGUUCCGAGGGUGACUUUUGGUUAAAUUCUGACGAAGCGAAACAUUUUGGCGUCUCGCCUUCGACGGAGAAAAAGUAUUCAAGGCUCGACGAAAUCUCGAAAUACGGCAAGUCUAGUUCAUACGGCGGGUUUCAAUUCAAACUUGAAUAUCCGCAAAAAGAACAAUCGUACAUCUGGCGCCAAACUUCGAAUCCGGCUGAGAGUACGAAACGAGGCGUGGAUGGGUAUAAGUCAAUUUCAACCACGGUCAUAAAAAACUACAAGCAUUUUACGUGGUCGAAACUCGCAUCCUCGAAAUCUUCCUCCCAAAUCGGCUCGGGACUAUCAAGCGCGCUCGGAUCGGCGACUCGCUCCGCACAUUUCAUUUCAAAAGAAGUAUAUCCACCUCAUGCGGACACCAACAAUUCAAGCGCGUCGGACGAGAUUGGGAGAAGGCGACUUCUCGGUUCUGAGACUUUGAGCGGAUUCAAAAACGGAAAUCGAGCGUCUCUCGGCGCGACGAAGAGUUUACCAACGAAGAGAGAAAAGCAUUGCUCAAAUCGCGCGAACGGGUGGGCCCUCAAAAAUCCUUCAGUCCCGACGUGCGAUGACGGCGUUACACUUCCUACGUCCGGUAUAUCCAGCGACGAAGCUGUCGCGAAAUGCGGCGCAUGCAGCGGCUGCACCGCGGUUUCUUACAAACACAAAUGUGACAAAGGCGGCUGUGAAGGGAUACGAUACACCUCUGGCUGCGGAGGUGGAAAAGGGUGUUUGGCUGGCUGGUCGUCUUGGACUACAUAUCGAGAUUUAAAGUUUUGCGGCGCGAUAGCGAACGGUGACUUCCAAACGCACGUUAACGGAUGUCUGAGCGAAUCUCCAGUCGAUGGUUUGUGUUACCAGUACGGCGCAGAUAAUAAGAUUGGUCCAAUGCCGCAUUGGGACGUUUCCAAGGUCACGAGUAUGGGGCAGGCGUUUAGUGGAAAAUCAUCUUUCAACGGCGAUCUCUCGAAUUGGGACGUUUCGUCUGUAACAGCUAUGUGGAAGAUGUUCUACAAAGCUUCCGAAUUCAAUCGAGAUAUCUCAAACUGGGACGUUUCCAAAGUCACAGAUAUGAAUUACAUGUUUCGCCAAGCGAAAAAGUUCAACCAAGAUAUUGGCAGUUGGGAUGUUUCUAAAGUCACGAAUGUACGCGUCAUGUUCUAUGAAGCGUACGCUUUCAAUCAAGACAUCUCGAAAUGGGACGUUUCUAAAGUCACGCGUAUGGACUACAUGUUCUAUUAUUCUUUCGCUUUCAACCAGGACAUCUCGAAAUGGGACGUUUCUAAAGUCACGAGUAUGGAAGGCAUGUUCAAAGGUUCCUUAUCUUUCAAUCGAGACAUUUCAAAGUGGGACGUUUCGCAAGUCACGAACAUGUAUCAGAUGUUUCGCCAAGCGAAAAAGUUCAACCAAGAUAUUGGCAGUUGGGAUGUUUCUAAAGUCACGAAUGUACGCGUCAUGUUCUAUGAAGCGUACGCUUUCAAUCAAGACAUCUCGAAAUGGGACGUUUCUAAAGUCACGCGUAUGGACUACAUGUUCUAUAAAGCUCACUCUUUCAACCAGGACAUCUCGAAAUGGGACGUUUCUAAAGUUACAAAUAUGUCGAGAAUGUUUGAAGACGCGCGUGCUUUCACCGGUUUCGUUGGCGGUUGGAACGAUGAUAGCGUCACGUCGCACGCAGGCAUGUUCAAAUACGCACACGCAUUUCAAGCGAUGCACGAUUGCGAGGACGCAAACGACGGUCCCGCGAGUUCAUGCGAAGUUAUCAACGCAAUGUUUGAGUACGCCCCGUCCUUUGUCUCGGGAACAGUUGUGAAAGACACUUCUUCCUCGGACGCUUCCAUUGGCGACGCGUAUUUAAGCAGUUCUGGUUGUAUCAAAGCUGAACCAAAAUUCGGCGUAUUUGAAUCUUUGUGCGGACACUUCGGAAGUAAAGCUUCGUUUGCGAGCGUCAUCAAGACUCCUAAAGUCGAUUUGAGGAGUUUUCGCGGUUUCACUUUAGAAGCGUACGUGAUGUUUACCGAUUCUCCGUCCAACCAAUAUAUUUUUGGACACGGGAAGGGCAGCACGCGCUCAGGUCUUCACAUCGGAGUAAGACCUGGGAAAGGUAUAUAUUUUGGUUUUAUUGGCGAUGAUCUUAAUUACGAUUUCACCCCGAGCCUGGACGUUUGGUACCACUUAGUAUUCACCUACGAAAACUCAGGCUCGUUUACGAAAUGCAUCUACGUAGACGGGGUACUGAAAAAGAGUGGAUCUGGAGGGAAAUACGCGUACAGCGGAUCGAAUAAGCAAUUACUCAUCGGGAGAGCAUAUGGACCUGACGUUAGCACCUCGCGUGGAUUUACCGGCGAAAUGGCUUACGCGCGGGGAUUCACAGCGGCUCUGAAUUCGAAAGGAGUCGAAUAUCUAUACUCGCAAAAACCCGAUGCAACGGGCGGUGUCUUCAAAGGUUUGGAAUAUAACGAGGGUUCCUCGACCUUCCUCGACGGAAGCAUUGGCCACAGUACCUGGUAUUACGCAGUUGGAGCGUUCAAAGAGUUCAAAACAAGACAAUUCCCCGGACCAACGCCGGACAGUGUGAAUCUUGUAAAGCUUUGGUUAAAAACGGACAUGAAGAAGAUGAAAAACUGCGCGAACCACUAUGAUUUGCUUUACAACCGCGACGGCGUGAUCGAUCGACUGGCUUUCAUACCGACGUUCUCGAGUUCGGUGCCAGUUCUUACUCAAUCGUGGGAUACUUGGUAUUCAAGCUACGCCGAGCGCGGGGAGAAAAUUCGCCUCGGAAAACCUACUUUCCAGAAGCAAGACGCUUUGUAUUCGAUUGUUUUUUCAAACAGUGCCCAACCGAUUCUUCCGCAAUCUUCCGCACACGUAAUCCCGGUCAUCGGCAAUAACGUGACACGCGUUCGCUUCGAUAAAUCAGUAUCAGGUGACGCGCUGAGUUUUGCCAGCUUAAUCUCGCGCGUCGCGUUCAAUCCCAUCAGUGUGAAUGCCGUGGAGCAGAUGUCGGAUUUGGUGCAUCAAUACGACAAGAAAAAAUCAAAAAAUCAAGCAGGGAAUGACGAAGAACCGGCUUCGCUCGGCCGAAAAUCCAAGUCGAUAUCACGUCUCGGAUCCGAAGAAGAGAAUUCUCAAUCUUCUUCCGAGGACGUUUCCUGCGCGAACAAUGGAGUCUGUGAAAAAGAUAUCUCGGAUGAUUCCGCCGUCAAAGUCAACGGUAUAGUGAUGUUUGAACCAUGGAAAACGCAAGGGUACGCGUGCGGUUUACCGUUUGCGAAAAUUCAAGCCUAUAGUUAUGACGAAAAUGAACAAGGUUACGUGCACGAAGGAACGUACUUUUCUGAUACAUCGGGUCGGUUUGAAAUUGGGGUGCCGAUAGGUGAGGGUCGUACGUUUGUCGUCCACGGAGGAGACCAAGAUGUUCGUGGGCAUACAAUUUGCUACGUUGGAAAUUCAGUAGAUAUCGAAGAAAGUGAUGAUAAAUGCGUGUCACAAGUUUCAGUGGAGUUUCCUGCUCCGGGAGAAGGUAGUUCCAUUUCCUCGUCGAGUUAUUACGAAGUAGCGGUUGCGGAAGGCGGUGAAAAUUUGGUCUUUCUCGACACUUCGACGCGAUCCGUGGAUAUAGGUUUAUACGCGGGUUCAUGUGAUUCGCAAUAUGAAGAAUAUGAACUUUUGAUUACCCCGGCGAACGGCUGCGGAGCAGCUGCCGUCGUCACUUACGAUGACAUUCAAACUUGGCAAUGCGUAGUUGGUUCGGAUGGUACGUGUAAUGGUAAUGAACGAACUUGGCCGUACGCCGCUAUGGAUUAUUACAUUCAAAUCGAAAUGGCUCCGGACGUCUCUAGAAUGGAUGUUGCGUUUAUUCGUGCUACUACUGUUGGAGCUGGCGCGACGUGCGAGGCGGGUACGGAAAUUAUGCAAUAUUUCAGAAAUAGAGACAUGCUCGUACAAACUGUCUUAUUGUUGGAUUUAGAGAGCGCAACUGUGGCUACGAACAGAUACGAGUAUCACGGUUAUCUGUGUAGUGUGAUCACCAGAGAAGAUGGAGGAGGAGGAGGCGGAAACACCAAUGCGCCUACAACUAUCUUUCACGCGCUUUCGAGUAGCUCGGAGGCAUGUUUGAGUUCGAAUACAGAUCCAGACGAAGGAGAUUUAACAUCGAAUUAUUUAAUUGGCACAACAAUGAGAGAUAAUGGACGCACAAUCGACGCGAGCAAACGCGUCGGCGUAAAAGUUUUCGAGGCGCACUACACAUCGACAGGAGACACUUUCACAACUUGCUCUGAUUUUCAGAGCAGCACCACAAAUAUCGUGGUGGAAAUAAAGGAUGGAAUCACGGGGGGUGAUAAUGCGUGCCAUCCGAGUAAAGCCCCGUCGGAGGAGUGUAAAUUUUCAUCAGUUUUGGCGACUGGGGAUGAAAACGUGGGAUUCGUUGAUUUCGGCGAUAUGCAAUAUUCCCGCGAAAUAUUUUCAGCCAGUGCCAUUCCCAACCUCGUUACGCCGUAUCGUCGCUCGUUUUCGGCGCACAUUGAGCGGAACGACGGGUGGGCCAUUACGUCGAUGACCGUCGAACGAGAGCUCGUCGUGUUGACGUCGAAGACUCGCGGCGAGGGUGGUAAACCUGAAGAUCGAUACGUAUCUAACUCUGAAUUUUACGCGACCGCGCCGGUUCAAGGUUUAGUGUAUACCGUCGUACACGACCCUCCCGGGGGUAAUUCAUUCUCUUCCAUCUCGAAAGGAACGAAAAUAGAUUUAGAGAUGGGUUUGACAACCACUCGAGCGGCAGAAAAAACAAGCGAGUGGGGUUUUGCAGCUGGACUAAGUGUAGAAGCCUCAUUGGGUGGCGCGAUUGCUGCAGGAUCAGGCUAUCUCAACUUGGAAGUAUUUACAGAACAUAAUGGAGCAAGAUUUGAAUCCGGAGUACACGGUGGAUACGCUCAAGAAGGCCCGACUGUAACGAUAAGUGGCGAAACAGACAACGGCUGGGACUUUCACAUGACUCUAGACAGAAAUUUGGAAUCUUCUCAAGACCCAGCCAUCCCAGGACGUCCGGGAGAUGUAAUCCUAGGCGGAGGAUUCGAAAUUGUGUACGUGAGAUCCGAUAAGGUUGAUUUCCAAAGUGACGAUUCUCACUGUUUAGGAGUGGUUCCAAUCAUCGAAUGGAAAGGUCGAAAACCAACAACGUACGUCAUGACGGUGUUCUCGAUUGAGUACAAGAUUUUACCGGAACUGAUAAAUUUGAUUUCAGUUACGAACAAUGAGACAUCUGAUAUAACCGAUACCGCUAUUGAUGACACAACCUCCAACAACUCUGUUAUUAGACAAAUUUGGAAAUCGCGUCUUGAGAACGCGCUGGAUGACUGGAUACGAACGCUUGAAUGGUCCUCUCCGGAUUUCAAUCCUGAAGGGUUGAACGCUUUAGAAGACAAGGAAGCCGAAAUAACAGAAAUCGAGAGUAAAUUCGAUGCUAUGAGAGUACCGUUCACCUCGGAUGAUUCCGUGUAUGGUAAUAUUGCGAAACCUCUCAUCACGAGUGUUUACGGAGCGUAUACCCAAAACGAUGAUCUUUCUCCCGAUUAUACCGCGAAGAAGGAUUGGGAAGAACUCAGCGAAGUGUGGGAUUCAAUUCCAUCGGAUAACGCACCUCUUCACGGUGUUCCAAAAAUAAGAAGAACGGAUGCUUGGAAGAACGAUGGAGGUCAAGAAGCCAAUGGGAAAGCGGCUGCAAUUGGGCCCCAAAUAAUGCUCCAAGCUAGCAAUGGUGCUCUUCUUCCUCUCACUCCUCUUGCUGCAGUGAUGGGGACAGUAAUUGAUCGAAUGGUGAACCCUAAUCCAGAGGCAUACUUGGAUGACAAAGUAAAGAUCAUCGUCGAAGGUACUGGUGAAGAGUCGCACGACCCGAACGGCCGAUGGUUCCCGACGAAGAGCGAUAAGUGGCUGAGUUCGUACGAACCCGGUGGAACUGGCGACGACGGUCGAAAUCUUUUCAACUCCAACGAAGAUGAUCCUGACAAGGACGAAGGUCUUUGGAGUCGCGGCAUGAGCAAAUAUGCCAAGACAGAAGAGAUGAAGGCGACUUUUCCUGAUUCUAUUGGAAAUAUGGACUCCUCCAUGGUUGAUGCAUCUUUAUUUGGCGGUCAAGCUCAAUUUGGUUUUACUGGAUAUACUAAAUCUACACCCACAAUAUCUGAUCAGGGAAAGCAAGACGUGUAUCUCUCAUUCUCCGGCGGUGGCCAUAACCUCGAGUUUUCUUCAUCCAUCGAGAGUAACAUCGACAGUUAUGGCUAUUCGUGGUCGAUGGAAGCUGAAGGGAGCGUUUCAGCUUCUACAGAUUUUAAUAUGGCUGUUGGAGUUUGGGAGCUUGAAGCGGAGCUCGCAGACACUUAUGGAAAAAGUAUCGGGCAAGAGAAAGUUCUGGCAUGGGCAAAAUACGGUGAAAUGGAAGUCACGUAUACGCUCGGUGACGAUGAUCCUUACGACAAGUUUGUGAUUCAAGUUUCCAACGAUAAGCGAUUCGGUACUCCUCUGUUCAGAACAAUCGGUGGCUCGUCCAAAUGCCCGGGCGAACCAAAUACGAUGUGGCGAGAAUCGGGCUUAGGAAUCGAGGCGAAACACGCCGCGGGGUCUAAUAACAAAUUUGUCCUUCCCGGAAAACCUGCGCUGUUCGACGUGAUCAUUACCAACGAUUCGCCUUACAGAGAAGGUCACAUUUAUGGUUUACUUUUAACUUCGACCGAAACGAAUGGUGGUUCUUCUUUUUCUGGCGGCAACAUGCUCGAUUUGAAAUUCUCCAUCAACGGCGACAACACCAAGUUGCGUCCGUUUGGUGAUUUGUUACCUUUGCACGACGUGCCGUCGACGGACGACACCGGCAAUUCAAUCAACACUAAACUCACUCUGAGCGUGGAGAAAGGGAAUCUAUCUAAUGAAUAUGCAGGUAUUUUCCUUAAACUCGUGAGCGAGUGCGAGUGGCAAAUGUCGAGAGAUUUACUCUAUCGCGAUCCGAUUUCGGACGCGUAUUCGCUCGACGAUAUCAAGUGGCAGCGCGAGUGCCCCGAAAUUGCAUGGGACGAAACCACGGUAAAUAAGUAUCUGUAUUACAUCGCGAGCGGUGCAACUUCAGAUGUUCUCGACGUAUCUGUCAUGAAUCCAAACCCGUUGAAUAUUUGGACAUCCGAUAAAUACAAUGCCAGUGAUACCGUUAGAGGCGGAUGGGACGUGAACAAAGACCAUCUCGUGCAUCCGAACGUCGAGUUUGUUCGCGUGCAGUUUCGACGACCCGGUAUCGGUGAAUGGAUCAGCGCCUGGGACGACUCCAAAGCUUCCGCGAAUGUGACUUGCGGACAUUCGACUUCCGGGUGUGGUUUGUCUUGGAAUUUGACCAAACAGUACUUCAUGAACGGCCUUCGCGAUGGAUCGUGGGAGAUUCGGGCAAAAAUUUUCUGUUCUGGUGGGGCUUCAACGGCCCCAAUGUCCGUGUUUGGAUCCACGACGAAAGAAAAUUUGAAUCUUGUCGUCGACGUGACUUCGCCAAAGCCAAUUGCUCUCAGCGUGAUGGACAAGUUAUUCGUCGUCGAGUACACUGAACCUGUAAUUUGCCCUCAACUGAAAACCGACGAAGAGAUUUAUCAAGUCACGAGGAUUGAAGACUGCGACGGAAAUACCACCAAAGAAGUGAUCGAUUGGACAACAAUCCUUUUGCAAUAUUCCUUUCGAUGCAUUGAAGACAAAAUAAAUGCGUGGACGAUGCAGUUACCGAGCGAUUUGGAUAACCAGGGAAAAUAUCAAAUUGUCGUUGGUAAAGACAGCACUAGCGGUCUCACUGACGUAGGAGGUAACGUUGUUGCGAAGAUGACCUUUGACGUCGAUUUCUGCUCCGCGAGUGCAACUGUGGCUGUGGUCUCGUCAUCAUCAUCAUCAUCUUCUUCUUCGUCGCCGUCUCUUACUUCAACAAACGCGGUGGCGGCCAAAUCUGCAGCCGCAGUCGGCAAUUCCAAACGUUCAAGGAGGAAUAAAACCGACACCCAAAACGAGCGCGUGAAGGGAAAGAACGCCGCAUCGUCAGAACUAGGCGUGGUGAAAGACGAGAUCGCGACGUCGAAUCUCUUUACAUUUGCUCCAUCUACACUUCUCGCCGGUGUUCUCGCGACGACGGUCGUCUCUGCGACGAUCGCUUUUACCAUAGCGCGAAGAAUAUCGCAUCCGAUCGUGACUUCCAUCGAUGGCGAUAGCCCCUACGAAGACAAAAAGCCGUUAUUGGAAUCCAUCAUUCCAGAACAGCCAGCGUAUGGAUCCGUAAUUUGA